AUGAAGACUUUCUCUCUCUCGUUACUACUGCCAGCCCUCCACCUCGCCUCAGGCGUAUUCGCUGCUUUUGAUUUAUCCCAAAUUGUGACGAACACAAACUGUGUUGGGGCGACCCUGCUUACCAACACGACGUUCGUCGUCGCAAAUAACAAAACAGUGUUUCUAUCGACUGUGCAAUGUUCCUCCUUCUCCGCCGCUGGAAGUGGUGGGGGCUCAUUGGCUUUCAAGUCCACCUCGAAGGACCUGAUUAUCGGCGGCGGCGGCAUCAUAAUUCAAGCAAGUAUAUGGAACAUAUGGCCUUUGUGCAUUUUGUUCAAUACCUGUAACCCCCCCAAACCACCUAAACCUACUACCUCGAAGACAACGGCAAAACCUACUUCUACAUUCCAUUCAGAGUCGGUCUCGUCGGCAACGCCAUCGUCCACCCCUGCCGAGCCGACGCCGACGCCAUCACCGCCGCCCUCCGGUCCCAUACAUGUGUGUGGCGCUCCUUGCGCAACCUCAUGUGACAACAACGCGGGUGUUCUCCCGCCCGUAGAUGAAGAUUGCGAAACAAUUGAUGAUGCAAUCAAAAUAUUCGCUGGCGAGUCUCCGCAGUCAUUUGUAGUCGCCCCUCAACACGUCGAGACUCUCACCUCUGGGACUUGCGCCUAUUUCUUUAUCAACUUUAAUCCCGUUCCGGCCUCUGCAGGAGAUGGUACAGCUACGGGGGGCAACGAAGGUGAUAUAGAAGCUUGUUGGAGCGACUUGUCCACCGAUUCCCUCGCGGUCCGCACAUCAUGCUUCCCACCCGCACAGCCAUUCACUUCCGGAGGCCUUUGUACAUCUAGUGAUAAAUCGUGGGCUGUCGGGGCUGCGCACUCCUAA